GGCACUUGGGCAAGUAAUGUAAAUAACCAAGCUGCCCACUUUCUUGUCUUUACCGUGGCCACAGUCGACGCGAUUUGGAAAUAAUUGGAGAUGUACAGCUAAAUUCCUCCUCAUUUUCACCCAUCCACGUCUUCGCCAGCUCGACUCGACCAAGCGGUUGAAGCAGCAAAGAUGGACUGGCUCAAGAGCUUCGUCUAUGAGAAGACGGCACAGGUCGUACUCUUCUCGAGUACCGCCAUUGCCCUGUAUGGCUACGACCAGGGCAUGAUGUCUCUGAUCAACACCAAUCAGGACUACCUUCGCACCAUGGGCAUCCGAGAAAAGGACCCGCAAGUCGGUGUCAUCGUUUCGGUGUACUACCUUGGCUGUGCGGUCGGUGCCGUCUUCUUCAGCUGGUUUGCAGACAAGUACGGCCGCAAACCCGGCCUGUUCGGCUGUCUCGCGACUGCAAGCCUGGGCAAUCUCAUCAUGUUGUUUUCUGGGCUGGGCUACAAUCAAGGCGCUCGCGUGGUCAUGUACAUCGGUCGGGUCGUCAUGGGGUUCGGAGUUGGUGGAGUUGACAGCGUGGUCCCCGUCUACAGCUCCGAGCUCAGUCCGGAUCAUGGAAGAGGCAAGGCGCUGGCUCAAGAGUUCCAGAGCAACAUCUUUGGGCUGAACAUGGCUUUCGCGAUCAAUCUUCUUGUGACGAGAACGCUGGGGAAGUCUAAUCAGUGGGCGUGGAGAAUUCCGAUCAUGGCCAUGCAGAUAUAUCCUGUCGGACUUUUACUGGUCAUCGGACGCCUCCCGGAAAGCCCACGGUGGUUCGUGUUCCACGAUCGCAACGAAGAUGCUGAGAACAGUAUGAAGGACCUGUUUGGAGAUGAAGACGGCAAGAAGAAGUGUGAAGAGCUGGUGGAAGCCGCCAGCAACGAACGCGAUGAAAACGUGACUUAUACGGACAUGUUUACCCCUGGACACGCGCAGUUCCACCCCACUAUGCUGACGGUCAUGGGACAAGUCAACCAGGCGCUGACAGGCUACGGCGCCGUCUCCGUCUACGGACCGCAAAUCUUCGAGCUCCUCGGAUACGGGACGAAUUUGGCCGAGAACCUGACGCAAGCCAACUUUGUCUCCUACUUCUUCCUCAUGACCUUUGCCUGGCUUUUGGUGGACGCCGUUGGACGUCGCGCGCUCCUCUGCUGGGGCUCUGUCGCCCUCAUCAUCUGCUUUGGUCUCCUCGCCCUCUUCGGCGGGUUGGCAGUCAACAAUGAUGACCUCGGUAUCCCUCUCAAUGCCGUCGCCGUUCCCGGCAUAGUCACUCUCUUCCUCGCAACAGGCGCGUUCGGCAUAGGCUGGCUAGCCACAAUCUGGCUCAUCCCAACCGAAAUCUACCCCACCACCGCCCGCGCGCAAGGCACCGCCGUGAGCGUCAUCAUCUGGGGCCUAGCCAAUUUCACCAUCACGCUCAUUACGCCCUUGAUGUUUAAUAAUCUCAAGUACUGGAUCUUCUUGGUGUUCUGCUUUACCAACUUGUUCGCGGGCGUGUGGACGUAUCUGUAUUGCCCGGAGACUGGAGGGCGGAGCUUUGAGGAGAACCAGGAAUUUUUUGAGAAGGCCAAGGAAGAGGGGACGUGGAGGGUGGGCAAGGUUGAGAAGGGGAAGUUCAAGCAGUUUCAUUAUGUUGAUUCGGAAGGGCAGGAUCAGGAGAGAGAGCCUUUGCUACGGAGAGUGGAGGACCAGGUGCGAUGAUGGUCACCAGCGGGGGGUUUGUGUCUUUCUCAUGCAUGGAAACAAAGGUCCACGCUUGCACCAAGCAACGAGGAGUCGAAUUGUAAUGUACCUCGACUGACUGCUUCUAUUCCAACUCGAUCGUCG